AUGUACUCCACGCCUGCCAUGUACUCGCUGGUGGAAGGGACAUUGCCAGGGGCCGUCAAGAUCCUACCACGCUCAUCGGAAGGAAGCCAAAAGGUGGUUGUAGGCAGCCAGUCUGGCGUUGUUCACGCAUUCGGGGCCAGCCGUGGUCGCAUUGAAACGGUGUUCAAGACGUUGCCUGCUGGGAAAGGCGUCGGCUGCGUUCAGCUGGGCGGGCCCGUCGGCAGCAUUCAGGACAAGAUAUUUGUGGCAGCAGGCAACGAGAUCACCGGUUACACACGAAAAGGAAAGCAGUUCCUGAAGUUCGACACAAAUCUGACAGACAACAUACGGUGCAUGAGCGUGUGCGGCAACGACCUGGCGGUGUGCGGUGAAUACGUCUACAACCACUACUUCGAGUGCCAGGACAAAAACUACUAUCUGUCGAAUGGCCGCAUAAAUGACAUGAUCAUGCUGCCAAUCGACAAACUACGGGCCCUGGUGCCCGUUCUUGCUUGCCAGGACAGGCUCCUUCGUGUGCUCAAGGAUUCCCAAUGCCAGAUGGAAAUCGAAGUGUCUGGUCCUGCGACAGCAUUGUGUCUCUACCAGGGUGAUGGAGGUGCUGCGGGCAAGGACGUUGUGUACGGUACAAGCGACGGCAAAGUGGGCCUUCUUUCCAUCGACAAGUCUCCUCAUGCACCGGUCUGGGAGAUCGAGAAUGUCAACGGAGGUGGAAGCAUCACCUGUCUCGGUUCCUACGACAUGACGGGCGACGGUGUCUUGGACCUUCUCGUUGGAAGAAACGAUGGUCAAGUCGAAGUGUACUCCUUCAAGGAUUCCGGUGAACCGUUGCUGCGUUUCUCCUACAACUGCGGUGAGAGUGUGACAUCUGUGCAAGGUGGUGCCAUCGGAAACGCCCGCUACGAUGAAGUGCUGGUCACUACUUACAGCGGUUGGAUUUUCGGUCUGUCCGCCGAGCAUUCAGAGAAGAGGCUGGACCCCGACUACCUGCUCAUUUCUCCAGAGUCGGCGCAAAAGAUCCUCAAGUUGAAGGAGGAAGUGGAGCAGCUGGAGCAGAAGGUUGCCCGCGAACGUGAGACGUACCAGCUGCGCACGUACUCCUCGGACAAGGGUUCCAUCUCUGCGGUGCCCUUCUUCGCGCUGGAUGACUCCUUUGUGCUGCACCACCAGGACGCCUCGUACGUGCUCGCCAUUCAGCUACAGACGGCAAUCGACACCGUCGUCUUACAGUCCAACGUACCCGUUGACCUGUUGGACAGCAGCAAGAAUUCAGCUGUCGUCAGCUACACGACGUGUGAUGCUCAGUCCAGCGGCAACUACCUGCUCGCCACGUUCCGGUGCCAGGCCAACACAUCGAGGCUCGAGGUCAAGAUUCGAACCAUCGAGGGCCAGCAGGGCGUCUUGCGGGCCUACGUCACCGCGCAUCUUCAGCCCAAGUGCUGCCGCCGGCGAGAGUACCAGAUACGACCCCUCUCUCUGCACCGGCGGACACACUCGCUGCUGGAGGAUGACAGGUGCAUGAACGUGCUCAAGCUGCGCGGAUCAUUCAGCAUGGCGGAAAUGCAUGCUUGGCUGGUGCUCAGCCUCACAGAAGUGGCUGAGCGGCCUCCAGCUGGAGACUCAGCCACACUUCGCUUCGUCUCCACCUUUCUUGGCACUUUGCUUAUAUGUUUCUACAGACGGGGUGAAGCAACAUUUAAAUCCGACAACAUUUCUACAAUUUCAAUACUGAGGGACGUCCUUGCUCAGCAAGCCACCAAGAAAACGAUCAGACUGGACAUCACAUGUGAAUUCAACGAGGAGAGCAUAGCACAUACACUGCGAAUGAUUCACCCAAAACUUGAACACCAGCUGAUACUGGCCAAGAAGGUGCAGCUCGUGGAGGCCCUGAAGGAUCUCAAGGUGUACGAAGGAAAUUCGGAUUGCCUUGCACCUGAAUAUCAAGACAUACUGGAGCAAAGCGAUGAGCUGGAGCUGGAAUUCAAGAAACAACCUUGUUACCUGGAAAGACUUUACGGAAUGAUCACCGACCUCUACAUCGACGUGUACAAAUUUAAAGGAAUCAAUGUGAAGAGCAAGGUUCCUGCGCUGCUCCAAGUCCUCGACCACUACGACUUCAGUGCGCUUGUUGCCUUUUUCAAUCACAAUGCAUAAUCUUCACCAGCGUGCAGGAAGUUCAUGCAGCUCUUGGUCAAUACCAUUAAUUUGUUUAGGUAUUGGAGAAUUUUUUUUUUUUUGCACGACUGCUUGAUGUCAUAAUAGCUCAGGUUGUACGCCUCAAAACCAGUCCUCGUGUAAGGGAAACCGAGCUGUUGCAGGACUCCCGAAAUCACUAUAGUAAUGGUAAAUUCAAUACGACUAAGAACGCGCAAAGAGCUGUAAAGUACGCUUCAUAAAAAACGUUGCGUAAUCUCCCUAUGUAAAAAUCUCUAAACAGGAUUUCUGAGCUGCCAUUUUGACAAAAGUGGACUUGUCGCGCAGUCCAGGUCAGAGGGACCCUCCCACAUUCACUCGAUGGUCACCAAAUAAAUGUUUUCUCUCUC